AUGCGGACCUCCAAAUCCCUCCAGUCAUGGCGUUGGUACGCCGCCAUCGCCGCCAUACUUCCAGGCUGGUUAGCCAAUGCUAGCCCAUCUGUGAACGUCGCUCUUCAAGCAUCUUUUGAUGCAUCCCCAUAUCUCGUGGAACUACUUGAGUCCGCUGCAGAGGAAAACGCCACAUCCUACUUCCCAUUACUUGAUCGCGUCGCCGAUGGAGCCUUUGAAGAUGCCGCUACGGAAAAGGCACUCUACGACCGCUUCUUGCAGGUCGUCCAUGAAGAUGGCCAUCUCCGCACCGCCGAAGCCCUUUCCUCCUUUAAAUUGUCCCUUGCGGUUCGAUCAUCUGCGCCACGAAUUCAGGCGCAUUAUCAGUAUUAUAACACCUCUGUUCAGCACUCGUUGAUGGUGGCCCAAGAUGCAGUCUGUCCAGUUUGGGUUCAUUCCGAUGGGAAGCAGUAUUGUUCUUCCGCUAUGGAGCGAGCGCAGCAAGAUGUCCAAGGCGAAUUAGAUCCUAGAGAACUUGCCUUUGAUCGAGUCUUGGGCGAUGCAUCAUUACCUCCUACUGUGUUAUAUGCAGAUAUAUCCGACCCUAUGUUCAAGGAAUUUCAUGAGACCUUGACCGAUAUGGCCAAAGAAGGACAAAUUUCAUACCGUGUACGUUACCGUCCGCCUCAGCACCUGGAUCCUCGUCCGCUGUUUGUCCCAGGAUACGGCGUGGAACUAGCUUUGAAGCGAACGGACUAUAUUGUCAUUGAUGAUCGAGAUGCGGAGCUGCGAGGAAACAAUGAAGAUAUCCUGGAAGGCUCUCUGGAAGAAUUGAAGGAGGACUCCCCAGAUGACCUGCGGCCUCUCUCGGCCUCGGAGGUUUCGAGAUUGGGCUGGAACACCGCAGCCUAUGUUCGGGACAGCGAGAAUCCACUUGAUACUUUGAUCAAACUUUCUCAAAACUUCCCCAAGUAUUCAUCGGCGGUGGCUGCUCACAACGCUUCUGUGCCGCUGAAGAGAGAAAUCCGUGCAAACCGGGCACGGAUGAUCCCUGCCGGUGCUAACAUGAUGUGGAUUAAUGGUGUCCAGAUUGACCAGCGUCAGAUUGACGCUUUCUCCCUUCUUGACCAUCUUCGUCGCGAGCGCAAGUUGAUUGAGAAGUUCCAGGAACUGGGCUUCUCUGCCCAGGAUGCUGUGAAGCUCCUAUCACACCCUUUGCUGGCGGAAGCGAAUGCAGAUGAGUUUGCGCAAAGAUACGACUAUCGCGAUGCAUUGGAUGGCGGCGAGGUGAUCAUUUGGUUGAACAAUCUUGAGAAGGACUCUAGAUACCAGGAGUGGCCUAGUGACCUGCAAGCAUAUGUCCAGAAUGCCUACCCCGGCCAGUUGCCGCCAGUGGGCCGUGACUUGCAAAAUGUUGUUGUUCCAGUCGAUUUGUCAAAACAGGAGGAUAUGCUCUUGGUUCUCCAACAGAUUUUGACUUUCAUUAAGCGCGGAAUUCCUGUCAGAUUUGGUCUAGUACCUAUGGCGUCGUCACCAGAGUCUUUUGCGCAGCUCAAAGUAGCACACUAUCUUCAGGACACCUUUGGACUCUCCGCCUUUAUUCAAUAUUUGGAGGAGUCGGCUGCCAAGACGAAGGCAUGGAGCCCAGAUAAAGCCGUUUUCGCCUCUGUGACCAAGGAGCGGACGCCAAAGUCAAACAAGGAAGCAAUGUCCCUGGACGAUGUUCUAAAGAGUGAGCACUAUACCGCCAUAGCAGACCGUGCAUGCAAGUACCAGGCUCGUUUGAGCCUUAAUACUGAUGACCCUCAUUUCCUGGUCAAUGGAAUUCCAAUCUCCCGUGAGGGCAACUGGAUGCAGGAAAUGAGCAUGCAAAUCAGCAAGGAUUUGAAAUUGGUCGUGCAGGGUAUCGCUGAGGGAGUCUUCGAAGAGACCGCUUGGCUACCAGCGUUCUUCUUAGCGGCGGCAUUUGAGAGACGCAACACUUUCUUGAUGCCCGAAGACCCCAAGAGUGUGUUGAUGAGGGAUCUUGGCGGUGUCUUUGGAUCGGAUCCAGAAGUUCUGGCCGGCAUUCCUCGUAUUCCAUCUAACAAGGACGUACUGGAGACCGUGCACACUAUUGUCGUGGCAAACUUCGAGUCGGCAGAUGGACUGAAGAUAUUGACUGAUGCCCUGAGUCUCCGAAAGGCCCAUGAAGAAGUGGAGCUUCUGUUGCUACACAGCGGUGCUGUCGAUGCUGGAAGUGAUUCUAAUUUUGAAAAGAUUGAAAAGGCGCUCGCUGAGGGUGAAAGCAUCGACGAACUUCUCGCUACCCUCAGCUCACUGGAUGAUUCGUCCAAGGGCCCAUUAUUGGACAACACAAGUCACCUUGCCAGCCACCGGAACCUCAUCGAGAAUCUUGGCCUUAAAUUGUCUUCCAUCGCUCUUAUCGUCAACGGCAGAGUCGUGGGACUAUCACCAGGGCACGAUAUUAGUGUAGAGGAGAUGGCUCAGCUCAUCGCAUAUGAGCAUGGCAAGCGCAUUGAUCCCGUCGCAAAGAUCGUGAAGGACCUCAAGUUGGAAUCAAAGGUCUCUACACCCCUUGAACUUGCUAAGCUUACAUCACUGGUUGCUCAAUCGACAACUUCAGAUAUUCCAGAAGGAAUGUUUGAAAACACACCCGAUUAUAGAAUGGAUGUUUCUGGUAACUGGAGAACGGAUCACUCUGUCAUCACUGUUUCCAACUCUGAAGAUCCUUCGAUCAAUGUUGCUGUUGUCCUUGACCCUGCAUCUGAGGUGGCUCAGAGAUGGCUUCCUAUCCUCAAAGUUCUGUCUGAACUAGCUGGUGUCCAGCUGAAGAUCUUCUUAAAUCCUAAAGAGGAGAUCAAAGAGCUACCCGUCAAGCGAUUCUACCGCUAUGUCCUUGAUUCGGAGCCCACUUUUACCAGCGAUGGAGCUCUAUCGCGUCCUCAGGCUUCUUUCUCUGGAUUGCCUGUUGAGGCCUUGCUCACUCUGGGCAUGGAUGUGCCCAGCUCAUGGCUUGUCGCACCCCAGGACUCCAUACAUGAUCUGGACAACAUCAAGCUCAGCUCACUUAAAGCCGAGGCUAACGUGGAUGCCAUUUAUGCCCUGGAGCACAUUCUGAUUGAGGGCCACUCCCGCGACCUUACUACUAAGACCGCACCACGCGGCGUCCAGCUCAUCCUGGGCACUGAGCAAAACCCUCACUUUGCCGAUACCCUCAUCAUGGCCAACUUGGGCUACUUCCAAUUCAAGGCACAGCCAGGUCUUUGGCAGAUCAAUCUCAAGCCUGGUCGCAGUGAGAAGAUUUUCGACCUUGAAAGCGUUGGUGGCUCAGAGGACCACCCACGAGCCGGUGAGAACAGCAAAGAAGUCACCCUGCUCUCAUUCCAAGGCCGCACUCUCUUUCCCCGUCUCUCCCGCAAGGCAGGCUAUGAGACAGAAGACGUCCUAGAAACAGGCCAGCAGUCCGGCUCGGCAAUGGGCCUCGUAUCAAAGGGCCUAAGCUUCGCUUCCGGCGUCCUAUCUAGCGUUGGUGUCGGUUCCAAAUCUUCAGAGAAGCACGCCGACAUCAACAUCUUCUCUGUAGCCAGCGGCCACCUCUAUGAACGCAUGCUUAACAUCAUGAUGGUCUCCGUCAUGCGCAACACAAAGCACACCGUCAAGUUCUGGUUCAUCGAGCAAUUCCUCUCCCCCUCCUUCCGCGAUUUCCUCCCCCACCUCGCAGCCGAAUAUGGCUUUGCCUACGAAAUGGUCACAUACAAAUGGCCCCACUGGCUUCGCGCCCAGACCGAGAAACAGCGCGAAAUCUGGGGCUACAAGAUGCUUUUCCUGGACGUCCUUUUCCCGCUGUCCCUUGAAAAAGUUAUCUUCGUGGACGCGGACCAGAUCGUCCGAACCGACAUGUACGAUCUUGUCAGCCAUGAUCUCCAAGGCGCACCGUACGGCUUCACACCUAUGGGCGACUCGCGCACUGAGAUGGAAGGCUUCCGUUUCUGGAAACAGGGAUACUGGAAUACCUAUCUGCGGGGCCGGCCGUAUCAUAUUUCUGCGCUUUAUGUGGUUGAUCUGAACCGCUUCAGGGAACUGGCAGCUGGUGAUCGGUUGCGUGGACAGUACCAGAUGCUUUCGGCUGAUCCUAAUAGUUUGAGUAACCUUGAUCAAGACCUGCCGAAUCAUAUGCAGCAUCAUAUCCCUAUCCAUAGUUUGCCGCAAGAGUGGCUGUGGUGUGAGACUUGGUGUGCUGAUGAGGAUUUGGCAUCGGCAAGAACUAUUGACCUCUGUAAUAAUCCUUUGACGAAGGAACCUAAGUUGGAGCGGGCUAGGAGACAAGUUCCUGAGUGGACUGUUUAUGAUGAUGAGAUUGCUGCAUUGGCGAAAAGGCUUUCGGCUGAGAAGGAGGUUGAGUUUAUGGGGCAGAAUGAUGAUGGUGAAGAACGGAAGGAUGAGCUAUAG